UUUACGACUUCACUCCCUCCUUGACACGACUUGCUUACUUCGGUCACUGAGCGUUUCUGCUUUCUCCGCACGUAUUUGCACGCCUCAAAAGUUCGAUCCGCCAACAUGCCUGGAGUCCCUCCCGAUGCGAUAGACCAGCUGAAGAAGACCUUCAAGGGUCUCUUUGGCAAGAAGAAGGCCAAGAAGGAGGAGUCUACCCCGACUGCCACCACCGAAGAGCCCACCGCCAGCACCACUAAGCCCACCGAGACGACGCCCGCAGCACCAGCUCCCGCUACUGCUCCUGAGCCCGUCGAGAGCGAUAACGCUCCGGCCUCAACUGGCAGCGCUCCAGCUCCUGUGCCAGCUGCUGCUCCUGUUGAUGCACCAGCUGCUCCGGCCGCUGCCCCAGCCGCUGCCCCGGUUCCUGAGCCCGCUGUUGCUUCUGCGCAGAGCGAGCCUAAGAAGGACGAGGCAGCUGCUUUGGCUCAGAUCAAGCAAGCUACGCAGACCCCUGAGCCUGCUGGUGCCGUUGCACCGGCCCCACCGACUGCUGUUUCCGCGCAGACACCCGCGACCGAUGCUCCUGCAGCCACCGAGGCGAAGGCUACCGAAGCACCGGUUCCAGCUGCUCAAGAACCAGCCCCUGCGCCCUCGGCAGAACUUCCUGCAAUUCCUGCUUCACAGCCUGCUCCUGGUAUGUCGGCCACCAGUGGCCCUUUGGAUGAGCCCGACUUCAGCACUGAGAAGCCAGCGCCCACCGCCGCUUCAGCGACUGAUGCUGCUCCUGCAGCCAGUGCUCCUGCGCCUACAGCCACUGCGCCUGCAGAGAAAUAGGUUUGCUCUGCCGACAUUUCCAAUCCAAGAGGAGACGGAGUUGUAGGAGGGUGCUGACCCGAGGAUUGUUUCUUGUUUUUUUCAUUCCCUAAUACUAUACCCCAAUUCCAUGUCAGCGAAAUACUCGUGGAGAUGAUUUGCGCGGAAGUAAGCCGGCGUUAAAGUAGCGAAUUUAAGUUAUUGGUGUCA